AAGUUAUUAUUGGCCCAAAGUGUUUCCCUGGUCCAAUUAGAAAACCACUUGACCAAGAUCUGGAAUAACCUAAUCCUACUACCGGUGCACCAAUCCAUCCGAUCUACCAUCUCUGUACCGCUCAUCUCUCAGCCAGACGGUCGUCGUACGCGAUAUCGCUCUCUCCGUUCCCAUCUCCUCUUCCUCUUCCCCUGGACGCAGUCUACACCACGCCGUUCUUCUAAGCUGAGCUGUGAAUAGAUCGAUAAAGCUUAGAGGGCGUUGUCGAGGCUUGCCUUCGUACGGAGGAAUGCCAAAAUUCUGCAGAUUAACUGAAGCUUUUGGUUAUAAAAUUAAGUCCUGGCAACAAAUUUCACAUUGUUUGCUCUCAAAGUGGGAAAGUCUAUUUAGCUUUGCUACUUGAUUUUACCAGAGGUGUGAGUAUUAUAUAAGCUAUGGCAGAGAUUCGGACUUCUGGGAAAUCAAUUGAUCAGUUGUUGGAAAAGGUUCUGUGUAUGAACAUUCUUUCUUCCGAUUAUUUUAGAGAUCUUUUGCGGUUGAAGACAUAUCAUGAAGUGAUUGAUGAAAUUUACAAUCAAGUUGAUCAUGUGGAGCCAUGGAUGACUGGAAACUGCCGUGGUCCUUCAACAGCGUUCUGCCUUCUUUACAAGUUUUUUACAAUGAAACUUACUGUCAAACAAAUGCAUGGUCUUCUAAAGCACGUGGAUUCACCGUAUAUCAGAGCUGUGGGAUUCUUAUACCUCAGAUAUCAUGCAGAUCCUAAGACAUUAUGGAGUUGGUAUGAGCCAUAUCUUAAAGAUGAUGAGGAGUUCUCUCCUGGAUCUAGUGGUAAAAUGACUACUAUGGGCGUGUAUGUGCGCGACUUGCUCCUGGGACAGUACUAUUUUGAUACACUUUUGCCCCGCAUCCCGGUCCCCAUAAUGCGCACGAUGGUAUCAAAUCUUGAGAAAAUGAAGUUUCCUACGAAACCUUCUGGUUCAACCGGGGAUUCAAGCCGAGGAUCAGAAGAAACUGCUCGCCGGCCACCUUCAGUCAAAGCCUCCCUCUCUGUCUCGUUCGGUCAGCGCGCGCCUCACCGUGCGUCAACCCGAGAUUCAUCCCCUAUCCGUCGUACACUGACAUCAGCAUCAUCAUCUACCUAUGAUGAUGCUAGAAGGUCCCCUGCUAACCGUCGUAGUCAAAGCCGCGAUAGAGACGGAGACCACCGGUCGCAUGAUAGAGACUCAGAUAGGGGUAGGGAUCGGGAUAGAGAGAGGAGGAAUGAUUAUGAUAGGGAGAGGGAGAGGGGUAGAAGGCAUGAUGAUUAUGAUAGGGAUAGGGAGAGGAGAAGUAGAAGGGAUAGGGAGAGGAGCAGGAGUAGAAGCAGGAGUAGGAGUAGGAGUCAUGGUGGCAGUCAUGCUGAUUAUCGGCGAAGCCCGGCAGCAAAGGAUGAUGUAAGCAAAGAUAAGGCUUCUGGGGUCUCCAGCAAUCUGGCAAAGCUUAAAGACAUCUAUGGUGACUUGAGUAGCAGUCAAAAGGAUGACGGAAACUAUGAUAGGGGGGCUUCUAGGAGGGACACCAGUACGGAGGAGGUUAUCCGACUUGGUGGUUCUACUUGGAGAUAGAAAACGGAAAACACCCUGAUGAUGUGAAAUGUAAGAGGUUAUGAUGAUCUGCAUCUGCCUUGUACUGUCAGUUGGCAACGGCAGCAUGAUGUAUAAUAGACAAAGUUAGCUUGUGUUAUUCUGUUGGAUAUUUAUACUUCACGGAUGUGACACAUUUGUCUAAUUUUCGUACUUCCCAUUGAUACAACUGAGUUGAGAUUGCAUUUAUCCUACUUAUGGAGUUAUGGUCAUGGUCUUCUUCAUUGUCAAAUAUUUGAUAAAUUUCUUUAAUAAUAUAACUACUCCCUUCUAUAA